GAGAGACCCGUCCUCUCUAUGCUCCACGGCCUUCCCCGCCCCCUUCCGGCGGCCACGACUCAUAAGGCGCAUGCGCAGCGCGGUCUUCCCUCUCCGCCCAGCGGCACCCCAGCAAGAUGGCUAAGCGCACCAAGAAGGUUGGGAUUGUGGGUAAAUACGGUACCCGCUACGGUGCGUCCCUUAGGAAAAUGGUAAAGAAGAUUGAAAUUAGCCAGCACGCUAAGUAUACCUGCUCCUUCUGUGGCAAGACCAAAAUGAAAAGGAAGGCUGUGGGUAUCUGGCACUGUGGAUCCUGCAUGAAGACAGUUGCUGGUGGUGCCUGGACUUACAAUACCACCUCUGCAGUGACAGUCAAAUCUGCGAUUAGAAGACUGAAAGAAUUAAAAGACCAGUAGAAGCUACAUGCUGUUCUCCUUGUGAAAUGUAUUUUUUCACCACUGUCAAGAUCAAGAUCUGUCCUUUUACCAAUAAAAUAUGGAUUGGAAUUGUGUUCA